CCGUGCCCGCCGGUUGGGUCGAGGGCUGGGAUCAAUCGUUUGAACAUGCCAACCAAAUGCCAAUAGCAACGGUUGGUAGAGGUCGUAAGGGUCCGAAUGAUGCGGAUAAGAGGUACAAGAACAGGUCGAAAUUGUAUCACGACAAGCUGUGGGCUCUCGACUGGGUCGGUGUGGCCGGCGAGGCCGGGUGCGGUGCUGUUGUGUUUUUGACGGAGGACGAAAGGGCGACCUGGUACUGUUGUAGUGGCAUCACCAGGUCUGAAAUCGACAAGGGCACGGCGGAGAAGGGCAAGGUCGACGAGCGAGACUUGAGGAAGUUCUUCCUCACUUCGGUGUACGAUGAACAGGGUACCGACUGGGUCAAAACUGUCCACAAGGUCAGCCUCGACCUCGCUCUGUUCAAGGGGUAUGGUCAGAAGGCAUUCGCUAUGAAAGCCUUCGGCAGCAAGCGAGAUAGGAAUGCGUUGAGGAUGCUCUUACCUAUUGAAUUCCUCAGCAAGACCAAUGGUUAUAAGAAAAGUGGUCAAUUCUCGACGGUCGCCGCUGGUCACCAACUCACAUUACCUUUUGUCCCGUUCGACGCUCCUGACGAAAGUCUCGUAGGCUUAUCAGCGUGCUCUAGCGAUCGCCGACAGGUUGUGUGGACACAACAACAACCUGUCGGCGGGAAGGAGACAAUUAUUUCUUACCAGAGGCGGUUGGCCGGUGGGUCAUCGAGAAACAUUCCAAAGAAGAAGGUGGUCGCCGGACCUCCUUCGAAUCUUCCGGUGAGCUCGCAUGCUAGUGCCAGCUCACGCUCGUGGGACACCUCUCAACGUCGAAUGGACGAGGAGUCAGACGAAGAGACGGAGGAUGAUGCACGGGUUCGGCAAGUGCGUUCCCGGUUGAUAGCGACGCCAGGGCACAUCCAGGGCGAAGGCUCUUGCGAUGUGAAUGAGAGGCGACAAAGUGGUGGAGGUGCUGAAGCUCGGGUGGGGGACGAUGGAGAACACGACGAGGAUGAAGGGGAGUGUGGUUGUGGCGAGUGGCGAGAAUACAUUCGAGGAACGGUUGACCAUAUGGAGUGGGAAAAGGAUGUGGUUAGCGGUGGGGUGAGCUGUGGCAGUGUCGGUGGUUCAGAAAUGGAAGACGAGGAAUUGGAAGACGAAGGAGGAGAUGCCGGUGUUUCCGCGGGGCUAACUUCCAAGGGGAAGGGAAAACGCACAGCGCAAUCGUCGUCGACGCCAGUUGCGCCUAAGAAGCAGGCUCAAAGGAAAGCUGUGGACGAAGCUCGGGUCGCCUUGGAUGCAUCUCAAGGGAAGCUUGGUGAAGCCGAUGUGAAAUGCAAAUCAAGUGCUCGGGUUCGCAAAACGUCACAACCCAAGAGGCCCGUGCAGCCAUCAAGGCGCCAGAAAUCGGACGACUCCAGCGACGAUGCUGAAGGGGUGGCCCCUCGAUUGCUCUCCCUCCCUGACGACGACGAGCAGGAGACGAAGAAACCCAGUGCGGUCAAUAUGACGCAGUGCUUCUUCCUCGAGUACGACGACGACGACAAAAAGAGAAGAGACCCGCCGAGGUUGGUCAUUGACGUCGUGCAGAUUCUUCCAAUUCCGGUGGGAGAUAUUGCCUUCAACCAGCGAUCGCUGAACCCGACCAUCGUUGCAAGCAUCGAAGCGGCAAUCGAUGCAUCAACUCGUCCAAGGUCAGAGGAUGAUCCGGCUCCGUGGGAUCCACCGGAGUUGGUGUUGGCUCCGAUUACGCCAUCAAUGGACGAGAAGAGCCAAGGGAUACGCGUCCUUCCACAGGACUUCAAUCCCGAUAGGGCAGAUGGGUAUUUCUAUUACCCAGUUGCCGGUCAACAUACUUCUGAAGCUAUGAAAAGAGCAGUGGCGAAAAAAUCUGCAACAGUGGAGGUGUUCGGCUUUCGGAAUUAUGAUCGUGUGCGGAUCAUUUAUUUCGACGACGACCAUACGAACGGGCACGUGUAUGUUUCGACAUACGACAACACGAGAGCUGACCGUGCUAUGUUGCCGUCGUUCCACCAAGCCUGCAAGGACAUCAAAGGAUUUUGGGACUCGAAGAAACGGAUCGGCCCUGUGGGGAACGGGAAGAAGGAGGUGUUCCAUUGCAUACCGGCUAGGGACGGGGGACCAAACGCUACGGUGUCCUUCAAAGAUCUCGUUCCGUCAAACUUCAAAUGUUUUAUAGAUAUGACGACACGAGAGAAGGAAAUUGCAUUGCGGUUGAUGAUAAAUAAGAAAGUCAUCGCCACUACUAGACUAGUUCCUCCUUGGAAGUUGAACAUGGCCAACCUCCUCGACAUCAUAAUGCGCGAGAGAUACAUGAUGCAUCUGUUCAACUACAUCGUCUUCAAAUCGGAGAACAGAGAGGCGAGAGAAUGGAAGGACGGGAACUUCUUCGACUAUGAAAAAGUGGAGCAAAGGUUUGGUGUGAGGGCAGCCGAAUGGGAUGAGGAAAGGGAUAGGAUCCCUUUGGAAUACGUCCGAAGGGUUCCAAAAAGACUCAGCGGAGAGCAAGAGGAAAAAUGUCUGAAAGGAGCUGGCCUGAAGGCCACGGAGGCAUUGUAUAGGGACGCGCCUUUCCACUUCAAGUACUUCGUAUACCAUGCAAUUGGAAGAGUGGAGUUGCUGACAGCUGAGUUGCGACGGUUGAAGAACACUGUGCUUAAUCUGAGUUGGGAAAAGAAACAACGACAGUCGUUAUUGCUACCGGUCAACAUGCACCCCAAGGAGUUGCUGCCCGCGGCCGACGAAAUUGUGACUGCGGCCAUAAACUUGAAUUGCAAGGCGGCUAUCCUCGAUCUCGCCAACCCGAAGGAGUGCCUUGCAUGGUUGCCAACCGAUUUUGAUGCUUCGCACAAAACGAUGACGAAAUUGUGCGGCCAACCCAAGUCGCCAUUCGAGCAUGACUACAUAGUUCGCAAAGCGAUGGCACAUGAAGCGUAUGGUGGCUACGAUAAAGCGCAGGUGGGUGCGUUUGCGAUGUUCGUGGCGAGAUGUGAACAAAUGAAGUUCGCAGCAAAUCAGGCAAUGCUGAUGUACGAAGAGUACAUCAACAUUGCCAAAACAACCGAUGCAUGGAAUCCGAUCGAGAGCGACGAGGAGACCGAAACAUCGAACCUCGAAAUCGAAGAGCGAGUGAAACGUUUGCGAGAGGGAAUGCAAAGUGUGUCUGCAUGUAGCGUGCCGAACGAGAAUCCAGAAGAAGGUCGCACAAAAUCGGGAGGUGAAAGCAGUCCGACGCAUGACGUGACCGACAGGGCAAGUUCCGUCAGCGAACGGUCGUACUUUAUUGAAGACAAGGUGCCAGAAACGACGUCCGAGAAGUGGGGGCAUCACAUUUUGUGGCAUACAGACGUAUUUGAGCCAUGCAUUUUCAAGGGGGAGUGGAUGAUGGCACUGCAUCUAACAUCAGGAUGGAAAGUCAAACCGAGAGUGGCAGAAGUACUGUGGCUGAAAGUGACGAAGAGCGAAAUCGUCAUCCGUGUCAGGCGUGAAAACGACGGAACGGACGAGGCAAAUAUUGAGGAGAAGGCUCAAUUGAUAUUCAAUUCUCUGCACUCCAACAAUCGGCUGGAAUAUAAACACAAGUUCUAUGACUUGUCGUCAAGCCGGUCAUACAAGACCGUCAAUUGGAAGAUUGAACUUCAUCCUGCGUGCCAAGACAUUGAGACAUUCCAGUUGGGAUGCUCACAACUUAGGGGGCAGUCGACGACGCACUUGGCUGCCAGUGUUGGGAAAGCGAUGAGUCAAACCAAUGUCAAGAUAAUGGGGGUGGACAAGGGAACACGGAAUGUCGAGAAAGAUCCUUCGAACGUCGCAUCGUACGGGCCUCCUUUAAUAACUCAGGUGAAAAACAAGAGUGCAUCGCAGAUGGAGAGCCCCACUUCUUCCACGAACAUGACGGUUUCAGAUGGAAUGCAACAAGUGGGUAUGCAGAACGUGCGAGUGAGGUGCAAAAAGAUUCCGAUGAGAUGAUGAAACUGUUGGAUGAGGCGGAAAAGGAAGAGGAAGCUUGAGGGAUCAACCACGUCCCAGACGGUGAUUAAUUGUAUAUCGUUAAGCGAUGAAGGGGUAGACGUACAUGUAGAGGGGCGCGAUGAUAAUGAGGAUGCAAUGGACAAUGUCGAUGAACAGAAGGUAGUGGAUGACGGAGGUCAACCUGCGAGACGAUCCACAAGAGAAAUAAAGAAAAAACACCCGA